GUCCAUCAGCAUUUAACGGCGCAUCGCUUCCACCAAUCUGCGCAGCGAGAGGACCACCCCAACCCCUGAACCUGAAUCUACCCGCCCUGCCCGCUUAUAAAUACUGCUUGAAUCACACCGGCAAGUCUUGGUCGUCAGAAACGCUCAGGGUUGCAGCAGAACAUCCCCCUUUCGUCUUAUCCCCCCUCCAUCGUUUUCUCUGUUUUUUAAGAAAAACCUCACGCCAUCAUCCAUUCUCACUCUCAUUCAGCCCCUUUCUUUUUUUGCCCCCCGAACUUGCAGUUGUUUUUUGCGGCCAGUUGCAUGCAUUUUUCGUCUCCCAAAAUGGUUUGCGAGACUAAAAUUGUUGCGGACGAACACGAUGCUAUACCUGGGACCAAAAAAGAGUCGAUCAUGUGGAGCUCUCCUCCGUCCAGCGCGGCUCUGAACCCCGCCGAGGCCAAGGAUGUGAGGAAAGAUGCGGUUUUUAUCCGCGAGUUCGAGCGCGGGGACCAAGAGGAGGUGCGGCGCAUCUUUUACGAGGGUAUUAUGGAGAGGAUACCCAAUACGGCGUUCAGGGGGCUCAGGCAGCAGCCCAAGACCCAGUUUAUAUAUGCUUUUCUGACAGUAAUGUGCUUUUUCGUGACCAAAUCCGUCACGCUGACCUGCUGCGCACCCCUCAUUCUCAUGGGUGCUCGCUACUACUACAGCAGGAAAGUUAUCCACAGUUAUCUGGACCGUGCUCUGCACACGGACAUGGCUGACAUAGAGGCGUAUUACAUGACACCCACAGGCUCUUGUUUCUGGGUCGCAGUGCUCGAUGGACGUGUGGUGGGGAUCGUGGCGGCGCAAGGUCAUGAGGAUGACAACACAGUGGAGCUGCAUCGCAUGUCAGUGGAUUCGCGCUACCGUGGCAAAGGCAUCGCAAAAGCGCUGGGUCGUCGUGUUCUGGAGUUUGCCGUGCGCAACAACUACGCUGCAGUGGUCCUCGGCACAACAGCCGUCAAGUUGGCCGCCCACAAGCUGUACGAGUCGCUGGGCUUCCGCCGAACGGGCCAGAGCGAGGACUACAGGCUCCCUGGGAUGACCCGCUCGCCGCUGGAGAGGCUCUUCUUCCAGAUCCGCUACAGCCGCUACCGCCUGCAGCUCCGUGAGGAGUGAGAGGUGACAGGGAGAGGGAGAGAGAGAGAUGGAGAGGGGGAGAAAGAGAGGGACAGAGAGAGAGAGAGCAACGACCCUCCUUCACCCGAGAGCCCCGACCGCAUCCUCUCCUCUGACAGCUUUUAUUUAUUUUGUGUCAUUAGAGAUAACCUCGACUUAACACUUCUACUAUUUCAUCUUUAAAGUCACUAACGUUUUCAUUAUGCUUUUGUUGCUGUUGUUUUUGUAUUUUACAUUUUAAAUAAGAGUU